UGAUGACUUUGUUAUUUGGAGUUAUUGCGAUAAGUAGUUACAGGUGUUUUCUUCGCUGAAAGAACAGAUGGCUUUUCGAUUAUGGGACCGCCUACAGGUUCCUGAGGGAAACGGGAAGAAAAAUGACCUACCUGGUCGCCAUCCAGAAAGGAAGAGACGGUGCAGUGAGGAUUUCCAGGUUGGCGGUUCCGCGCACGGCACGUAGCUGCGGCAAAGCAUGGAUCCGCCUGCGGAGGAGUUCAAUGGCUCUGCCGGGGCGAGCUCCGGUGCCGCCGCGUCCCGUAAACACAAGCUCAGCUGCCCCGGCGGAGAUCCCAAAGAGAAACCGGGGGCCGGCAGCGCCCCCAAAACGGAGGACGGGCGCAACCCCCUGGCGAAGAAAAAGAAAGAGGAGCCCGGUAGGAAGAGGCACUUCGCGGCCCUGAUCCUAGCGAGGGGGGGCAGUAAGGGCAUCCCGUUGAAGAAUAUCAAGAUGCUAGCCGGCGUCCCGUUAAUCGGGUGGGUGCUGAGGGCGGCCAUUGACUCCGAGAUGUUUGACAGCGUGUGGGUUUCUACGGACCAUGACGAGAUCGAGAAGGUUGCCAAGACCUUUGGGGCGCAAGUUCGCCGCAGGAGCCCCGAGGUGUCCAAAGACUCCUCGAGCUCCUUAGAGACCAUCCAGGAGUUCUUGAGACUCAACCCAGAGGUAGAUAUUGUUGGCAACAUCCAGGCCACCUCCCCAUGUCUACACCCCUUCCACCUGAAGAAGGCCGUGGAGAUGAUCACGGAGGAGGGCUACGAGUCCGUCUUCUCUGUGGUGAGGCGCCACCACUUCCGCUGGCAGGAGGUCAGGAAAGGAGAAGACAGGUGCACAAAGCCUCUGAACUUGAACCCAGCCAAGAGGCCGCGCCGGCAGGACUGGGAUGGAGAGCUGUGUGAGAACGGCUCCUUCUACUUCGCUACCAGGGAGCUGGUUGAACAGGGGUACCUGCAGGGUGGUAAGAUGUCCUACUAUGAAAUGCUACCAGAGUACAGCGUGGAUAUUGAUGUGGAUAUUGACUGGCCGGUUGCAGAGCAAAGAGUCCUCAGGUAUGGCUACUUUGGAAAGGACAAGUUAGAGCAUGUGAAGCUGUUUGUGUGUAAUAUUGAAGGCUGCCUGACUAACGGACAGGUGUACCUGUCAGCCAAUGGAGAAGAGCUGAUUUCUUUUAAUAUCAAAGACAGUGUGGGAAUCAAAAUGCUCCAGGACCAGGGAGUGGAGGUGGUGCUUACCUCCUGCAGUGACUGUCCCAUUCAGAAACUGAUGGCCAGGAAGAUGGGCUGCCUGCUUCAACAGAAUGAACCGGACAAGCUGAAGCUAGUGGAAUCCCUCAUGAAGGAAAGGAACCUGACAUGGAAUGAGGUAGCUUAUCUUGGUUACGAUGAGCCGGAUGUGAAGUGUCUGAAUCUGGCGGGAAUAAGUGGGGUGCCCCCGGACGCCCUCGGGGUCGCUCUCAAGUCGGCGAAGUACACAUGUCGGAACCCGGCGGGCGAGGGGGCGGUGCGGGAGCUGGCCGAGCACAUCCUGCUCUUGAAGGAGAAGGCCCGGUCCAAGUCCAACCAGGACAGGAUUGACCGCAGCACCUUUUAACUCGCUCGGCAAGGACGCUGCUCCCUGUCCAGGAGCCAACUGUUCGAACCAACCAACCUGCUCCACAUCAAAGUUCUGUUUUUAUUUUUAUUUUUUUUAUUUUUUUUAGGGUUUCCCCUCAACAAUCUGGCAUGUUCUCUCAUGUCAUCAUUGUUUAAAAACAUAAGAACAGUUACGAGCCUUGGGAGACCGCUUGGCCCAAAGUUUAACACAUCACCUGAUCCAAUUGUGAUAUUUCUCCUUCAUUAGGUCCUGGGAUCCCUUUAGUGGAAUUUAUUCGAGGGGAAUUUUUAAAUUUUUCUGUUGCGCUAUCAAGUAAAAAUGCGGUUUUUAAGUGCAUCCUCCGAAUGUAUCCCAUUACCUUUUCCAAUAAUAUUGUGUGACUGUAAAACAUACCAUUUACAAAAUUAUACUAUCGAAUUGCUUUGAUAGUAUACAGUUGUUUGCAAAUUUUUACAAUAUUUGAAACAGCAUCUGUUUUUUAACCUGUUAAAAUAGUAACAAAAGUUAUAACAAAACUGCUGUAUAGUGUUGAAGGAUGUUGCUUUUAAGCAGUACAAAUUUGCAUCUCAAGGGGAUACAGCUGAGGGGUUGUGGGUUCAAAUCCCAUGUAGGAAGCUGCUCUUGUACCCAUGAUCAUGGUACAGGUCCAUCACUCAGACCUCUCCAGCGAAUGCCCUGCUGUAUAAAUGGCUGCUUCCCAGGUUGUCAUGGUGAAUGAGAAUUUUUCCUCAGUUGAUUUAUCUGUUUAAUUAAAGGAUUAAAUUAAAAAAUUAAGACUUGUUCAAAGAAAGGAUUAGCAGCUAAGCGUGGGUGCUUUGGCAAAAUAGCAUUUUAUAUUAACACUACUGUUUUCUGUUUUUAAUUCUGAGGUGUUUUAGCUCUAAAAAAACGGAUGUAUUUUAAUGUAUUUUGAUUGUUUUCUCAUGUUGUGUUCUAUUUUGUAUCUCCUUUAUAAAAAGAAAUCUGAAAUGAAAUAUGAAUCUAAAAAACGUGUACACAUGAAAUAAGAUGCUGAUAUUUUGUGCUUUUUUUAUCUUGUUCAGUUUCACAAUGCUGUACAGUACAUGUUAAAUGGUUUGAUUAUGAUUGCAUUGAUCACCAGUUAUUUCAGAUUAAAUUAUGAAUACGUUUGUUUGAGGUUUUGAGAUUACAGAGAAUGACAUAUUUUUUUAAAAGGUCUAGAUCAGACGGGGGGGCUUGAUUGUAGUCUUUCUUUGAAAAAUAGGACUGCUGCAAAUUCAGUUCUUUCAGUCAUUGGUAUUCAAACUAGUACAUGAAAAUGUAUAAACCUAUUGUACUAGUGAGAUAUGAAAGAAUGUGAAAAGCAGCCAUGUUUUUCUUUUGCUUUAGAUAACCAGGUUGGUGCCCUAAGCUACACUAUACAGUCCAUUUUGGGCCACAAAAGAGUGUGGUCAUCAGAAACCUCAAAACAGAUUAAAUGAAUAAACUUGGGGGUUUUGUGUUGCA